UUUUUCAUUUUUGUAUAUAUUAUUAGGUAUAUUAAAUCGUUUUUUCAAAAAUGUUAAUAUAGAUUAUUAAUCUCAAAGACACAUGAGAUCUCUAAGCAGGGUUUAUUAUUUACGUAACUUAUUUUUGGCGCUUGCUCUGCUCUGAACCCUUUCCGGGAAACGACCGUCGCUGUUUUCAUAGUCAUCCAUCCAUGGCCAGUUCUAGCAAGAAAUCGGCCGCGAAAGCUAAUUUAUUUGGUAAGCGAAACCUUGAAGAUGAUUUGGAGAACAAACCGACUCUGAAGAGACAUAAGGAAACAUCCGACGAGAAGGAUGAGACAACGGCUGAUAGUCUUGAGCAAGCUAAUUUAAUCUCAGUUAAGGAGACGACAGUGGAUGAUGGCAUUCUCAUUCCCGAGGCAGUUUCCGUAACAAAUAAUACGCUCUUGCUUCGCCGUCUCUCUCGCAAAGCACAAAUACCAGAUAUCAUCUCUUUCUUCAGUGAUGUUGGAGACGUUGUUCAUGUUCGACUUAUAGUAGGCCACCAAGGCAAGCAUUGUGGCUAUGCCUUUGUCGAGCUUGCUUCUGCUAACGAAGUAAAGAUGGCGCUGGAAAAGAAGUGUGAUGAAUAUCUGCUAGGUCAUAAGAUUUUACUUUAUAUGGCUGAUUUCAAGAGAUCUACAUACCUCCUGCCCAAGUAUUGCAUAGAACACGACUCUUGGUUUGGAAACUACAUUCGAGGAGAAAGCCUUCUUACAGAAGAAGACGUAGGAUUUGAUGACGUUGAGAAAGUACUCGCUGUCGCCAAUCUCUCUCCCAACACUAAAUUACCAGAUAUCAAACGUUUAUUCAAAUAUAUGGGAGUUGUUAGUGUUCGACUUAUUGUGAACAACCAGGGCAAGCAUUUGGGCUAUGCAUUUGUUGAGUUUAUUUCUGCUUACCUUGCAAACAAGGCUCUGAAAAAGAAGAAUGGUGAAUAUUUGCACGGUCAUAAGAUUUUUCUGAUGAGAGAACAUGAUGAAAUUCCUGAUUAUGUUGAGGCAGUUGCUGUAGAAAAAAAGACGAUCUUUAUCUCCCAUUUCUCUCCCCAAACUGAUAUAUCACAUAUCAUCAGUUUCUUCAAAGAUGUUGGAGAAGUUGUUCAUGUUCGACUUAUUGCAGACAACAAUGGCAGGCAUGUGGGUUAUGGCUUUGUUGAGUUUUCUUCUGAUAACGAAGCAGAGAAGGCGCUGGAAAAGAACGGUGAAUAUUUGCAUGAUCGCAAGAUUGUUCUUCAAGUGUUACAUGCUCCAAACCAUCCACCCAACCAUUUGCCGUAACAAAGAAGACGCUCUUUGCUUUCGGUCUCUCUCGCCAGACUAAGUUAUCAGAUAUCAUCAGUUUCUUCGAAGAUGUUGGAGAAGUUGUUCGUGUUUGUUGGACAUGGGCUACGUCCAAUAUGCCACUCGGCCCAACAAAACAAGAUAAUUAAGAUUUCGGCCCGACGAAAUUGGAUGCAAGUCAUUAAUAAUUCGUAAAGGGGCACUCUCGGGAAUUCACGAUGGAAACCCUAGAAAACCCUCGGUCAACAGUCGCCUAUAAAAGGAAGCAUCACUUAUUAGGAUCACCAUCCUCACCCCAGGACAAGAGACAGAGAGCAAUACUUUGCGUGAAAACCGUUAUUGUCUUCUGUAUAAUUCCUUCUAGCUUCUGAGCUCGUCAUUAUUGGCUUGUUAGUUCUCCUGUGAACUGACGAGCUCAAUCUUGAUUCUUGUUAGUGACGACCUCACGAUUUUAUCGUUAA